AGGCUGUUGCCUUAAGCUGCCGGUGGUGAGCUCGUGUUGUCCGGCGGGAGGAGUUUGGCUACAGUCCGGGAGACAAAGACAAAGUGAUGGACGGGUGAAGUCCUACUGUAUCGACUUUGGAUUAACAGUGACAGAAGGUCUUUGACACUGAACUGCAAAACCCCCAGAUCACCACCAGACAAGGAGACCACCUGCUGUUUCCAGUUGUUGUUUACAUCUGUCAUCAGCGGGACUCAUCUCUCAAAUAACAAAGGACAUCUGCUGCAGGGACAGUCCGUUUUUUCAGUGCAACUCCUUCAAAAACCUGCCUAUUUCUGGAAUUUUUCCCCCUAAUUCACAGUGAAACUAAUGGAAUUCAAGGAGGAUGCCCCAAAGGGCAAAGUCAAGAUGGUCGCUUGCACUUAUAUUGAUUCUUCAUUCAGUGUAAGAAGAAGCUCCAUUCUCUAGUCAUCUUGAUGAAGGUUCCUUUGUGACAAAAGAUAAGGGCCACUUGGGGCCAGGAGGUGGAAACCUGUACCUCCUCUGACACCAGCUCAACUCUGUAUAAUAUAACAAUAUAAAAUUUUAAAUUGCCCCCUCACAUCACCAUGGAGCUUUUCUUCAACCCUUUUGAUAACUUGGUGUGCAUCCUGCUGGGUAUCUCCUUCACCGUGUGGUUCACCCUGCUGCUGGUCUUCAUUAUUGUGCCUGCCAUUUUUGGGGUGUCGUUUGGCAUCCGGCGUCUUUAUAUGAAAACAUUGUUGAAGAUAUUUGAGUGGGCUACACUUAGAAUAGAGAGAGGAGCCAAAGAAAAGAAUCACCUCCUGUACAAACCUUACUCAAAUGCAAUCAUUGCCAAGGAGCCCACCUCCUUGGAGGAGGAGAUCAAGGAGAUCCGGCGGAGUGGCAGCAACAAAGACCUGGACUCAGCCCCUGAGUUUGAGAUGUCUGAUAUCUUCUAUUUUGCUCGGCGAGGAGUGGAGAGCAUCAUGGAUGAUGAGGUGACUAAGCGAUUUUCUGCUGAGGAGUUGGAGUCCUGGAAUCUGCUGACCCGCAGCAACUACAACUUCCACUAUAUCAGCCUGAGGCUGACCGUCCUAUGGGGGCUGGGCCUCCUGAUCCGUUAUGGCUUCCUGCUGCCACUCAGGGUUACCCUUGCCUUCACUGGUGUAGGCCUCCUCGUGUUCCUCACCUCUAUCGUUGGGCUGCUGCCAAAUGGAAGAAUGAAAAAUUUCCUAAGUGAGAAAGUACAUUUGAUGUGCUACAGAAUAUGUGUCAGAGCUCUGACUGCCAUUAUAACCUACCAUGACAGUGAGAAUAAACCCAAGAAUGGAGGUAUCUGCGUUGCUAACCACACCUCACCGAUUGACGUCAUCAUCCUUGCCAGUGAUGGCUGCUAUGCCAUGGUUGGCCAAAUUCAUGGUGGCUUGAUGGGUGUCAUUCAGCGAUCCAUGGUCAAGGCUUGCCCUCAUAUUUGGUUUGAACGCUCAGAAGUGAAAGACAGACAUCUAGUGGCCAAAAGAUUAAGUGACCACGUAGAAGAUAAAUCUAAACUGCCCAUUCUCAUUUUUCCAGAAGGUACCUGCAUAAACAACACAUCAGUAAUGAUGUUUAAGAAGGGCAGUUUUGAGAUUGGUGCCACAGUCUACCCUGUGGCCAUUAAGUAUGAUCCUCGAUUUGGAGAUGCCUUCUGGAAUAGCAGCAAGUUUGGAAUGGUCAACUACCUUUUGCGUAUGAUGAGCAGCUGGGCCAUCGUUUGCAGUGUGUGGUACCUUCCUCCCAUGUCUAGAGAGGAGGGAGAGGACGCUGUCCAGUUUGCCAAUCGUGUAAAAGCAGCGAUAGCCAGACAAGGUGGACUGGUUGACCUCUUGUGGGAUGGAGGACUGAAGCGAGCAAAGGUAAAAGAUACCUUCAAAGAAGAGCAGCAGAAGCUGUACAGUAAAAUGCUGGUAGGCACGCAGGAAGACCGCAGCCGCUCCUGAAGAGCUUUCAUGAAAGUGGACUGGCUCAUUGAUGCAACUGGGUAUCUCUGACUAAGUGAGUAGUCAGCAGUGGUGUCCCAGUACUGAAGCAGCUGGACUGGGAAAACUUCGCCCUGAUGUCAACAGUUCUCCAUUUGGCUUCCUCUGUCACUGCCUCAGCCUGGCAAGUUAAGCUGCAUCGCAGUUACGGGGUCCACAGCUCCCUGUUGGAUUAGCUUGCUUGCUGUAGAAAUGAGAAGACAGUGAGCACGCAGAAAGUCUUCCUUGGUGGUAAUCUUUUGAAAGGGGGGGAAUAUAUGUGAUCAUCUCUCAAUAAGUUCUGGUCUUUGUUUUGAUAGUUGUGACUUUAAUUUUCAACACUUUAUUUGUUUGUUUGUAUCACACUGUGUUUAAGUUAAUGACUGGAUUUUCCUUGAAAUGUAGAAGAGGAUUACUGUAGAUAAAAUCUAGUUUCUUUUAAAUCUGAAACCUGUGACUGAGUUGGAGGUUUUCAUUACUGGUGAGGACCUAAAUUACGGGGCAAAAACGCCAGAAUUUGUACAUUUCAGAUAUUUUUAUGGGCUUUUUUCCAGGAGAAAAAAAAAUCUUGUAUUUUAAGAUUUGUGCUUUAAAUUAAGACUUGUAUCAACACAUCACUGUAGGCAGAAAAGCACCUGAUAUGUUGCAGGGUUCUGUGUUUUCCAUGGAAUGUGUAAGUUCACACAUUGUGAAGUGGAAAUUGUGCACCUACAGCUACUUGAACGGAGUCAUAUUUAUUUUAAACAGAUACUCCUCUUGUCAGCUAUGCAGCAUAAGUGGAGUAAAGGCAUUAAAGUCCCUUCAUUAAAGCAUUUCAUUGAGAUGUUUAAGCAUUGUCCCCUUAAGGCUUACGGCACACAGGUGACAUAAAGCCCAUCGUAAGUGGUCACCUGACUGAAACACAGGCAUAAGUGGCAAUCACCGGAUGCUUGUUCAUACUAAUACACUUCCAAACAUGUUUUCAUUGACAUCUUGUUUGUGCAGUUAACAUUCCUCCUUUAUUUCAAUGAAUUAAUGAACUCUAAACGUUAUUUUCUUUAAAAGUCUUCCUCGUAUUUAGCAGCCUCAAGGAGGACUCGAGGAGAAACUGCAGCUGUAAUUUGGACGCAAGCAUUGGCGGACAGCCCUGACUAGUCUCACUAGUUUGGUGUUAUCAGGGAUAGUCAUUUAGAUUGUGUCUAAUCAGUUCAUCAAAUAAAUGUUCAAGAAUAUGAUUCUAACGUUGACUUUUGUGAUUAUAUUAAAUUAUAAGGCUGUUAACACGGAUACUAGUGAACAUGGAGAAGUGCAUGUCUUAAAUAUGCACGCUACAGGAGCUAAAGGAAUUUACUUUUUCCACUGUAUGUAUAGUCAUUAAAUACCAUAUAUGGUUCAUACUCAGUAGAGCUACUGUUAGACUUUACCUCUCAAGUUUAAUGUGAGCUAAAUGGAUAAAAACUGCAUUUGCAAUUGUUUUUGGAACAUAACAUUUAUUUAUUAUACUUUAUUGGCUUAUUGUUGCUUUUCUGUACUAUUUUUUUUUUUUGCAAACAUUUCCUAUGAAGUUUGUUGUUUGGCAGAAUUCACUACAACACAAUCUCACAUAAAGAUUGACAAUU